UUAUGAAUGGUCACGUGCAUGGUGAAACUCGGUCAAGUUAGUUUGUCAAUGUCUCGGGGUAGACCUAAAAAGGAUGGCAAUCGGCCUUCAGAACCUUCGGGAAGGGUCACUUUGGCUCAUCGGGAACUGAACGAAGUCCCAAGAGAUGUGUUUUUAAGACCCUCAGAUGUGAGAAUUCUUGACAUUGGUUACAACAAUGUAACAGAUUUUUGUUUUCUUCAAAUUUUAACAAGUUUAACAUCACUUGUGUUGGAUAACAAUAGUGUCACGUCACAUACUUCAUUUCCGUAUCUCCCAAGUUUGGAAUUGUUAUGGGUUAAUGGAAACAAAAUAACUAAUCUUGCAUUAUUUAUAGACAAGAUAUCAACUCAGUUUCCGAAUUUGCGGUAUUUGUCAAUGAUGAAAAAUGAUGCUGCACCUAGUUAUUUCAAUGGGGGCACAAGGCAGCAGUAUCUUGACUACAGGUAUUACACUAUUAGUCAAAUUCCACGGUUAUGUGUUUUGGAUGACACUCCUGUUACUGAAGAAGAAAGAAAAGCUUCUGGUAAGAUAUUCGGACCACAGAGGAAAAAAACCAGAAAGCAUCAGGUCAGAAGACGAACAGAAACGACUCCACUUCUUGAAGACACUUUGUGAAGUCACAAGAUUGAUUAUAAUUGAACUUUUAUGUAUUCUUAACAAUAAAAUUUUAAUAAUAAA